AUGCUGUCGAUUUCGUCUGACUGUGUUGAUGGUAAGGGAAGACUAUUCCUUUCAUUUUGGAGUUCUGAAUAUCUGUAAGAGUGAAUGAUGAGUGAAUUCUGAAUGGAUGGUGAACUGAGAAAUAUUUAACAGUAUGGCUCUGGUUCUGGUACUUCUGGGCCUUGUUGGUCGAGUUUUUGCUGCAAAGGAAAUAGAUCAGAUGUCCAGAAAUGUAGACUUCCCCAUACAUCCUGUAGAAAGGUGUCCAAUGAAUGCCCAAGAAUGGGAUUCUGCCUCACAGAGAUUGCACUGCAAUGAUACCUAUGGAUAUAAUUGUCUCCCAGAAGAAACUUUAUCAUUCUUUGUAGAAUUUUGUUAUCCACUGGGAAAUUGGAUUCUUAUUCCAAAAGGAAAUUGUCCUCGACUUUCUUCUAAUAGAUUGAAACAUUACACUUGCCAUGAUUUUAAAUGUGGGUGUCCUGAACAAGACUAUUACAACAAUGAAAUUUACAAAUAUCCAGCUUGCCUAAAAAUAUUUAAAGACUGCUUCACAUCAGAUAGUAGCUGCAUGCAUAUGAAAGAUGGCAAUGCAAACUCGGAGCAAAGAUUGAUAACAACAUCAGAUACAGAGAAGAGAAAAGAUGAGGAGUGUAACUGUACCGUUUAUAUUGGAGUUAUUAUUGCUACAGUUGUACUGUUAUUGGCCUCAGUGGUAGUCAAUAUUUGGUAUUGCUAUAACCAUCAACUGCAAAGAUGUAUUCCAAAUAGCACAUACACAAAAGUACAGACAGAUGAAGUUGCUAUGGUAGAAGUGGGAGAGAAUAAAAAUAUCCCCUUACAUAGAGUUACAGAUUGUCCUUUUGUAGAUGACAUUGACAAAUAUAUCUUAGUCGACUACACAAUUGAGAAUGCAGAAAUAUUUAAACUCUUGAAGAUUCAAUGUCUGAAUGGCGUACAUAUUGGGUUCCAUUAUGUUAACAAAUCAAGAGUUACACAACUUAACAAAAAUGCUAUUUUCCAUCAACGUGACGAAAACGGUUGUACUUUACUUCAUUAUGCUGCCCAAGGUGGAUCGAUAACAAUAUUCAAAGAAAUUCUGAAGACUGACCCAGAGAUAAACAUCGGAAUUAAAUGUUUUCGUGGUCAAACUGCUUUGCAUUUCGCGGUAAGAUACAAACAAAAUAAGAUGAGUGAAUACCUCAUCACAGAGCAUAGAGAGUGUUUUAUGUCAGGAGACAAAGAUUUGCUCAGUGUGUCAAGAAUUGCAGAAAGGGAUGAAACUGCUAUCAUUCCCAACGUGAUUGGCCAAUUUGAACCAUUCCACUGGAUAGCAUGGAAUGGAGAUACAUGGCUGCAUCAUUUAUGGAAAGAAGCACAUUUUACUGUGACAGGUUUAACGAAAAACGGUUUAAAUAUUUUAGAUAUUGCCUGUAUGAAUAAUCAGUAUGAGUUUUGUAGGCACAUAAUAGAUAAUGAGAAAGAAAUCAACAUUGAAAAAGUGGACGCCAGUGGGUGGAAUAUUGCCCAUUACGCAACAAUGUGGAAUAAUGUAAAAUUACUGGAGCUUUUGGCUGAAAAAACAGAAAGCCAAAUGAUUUUGGCUGUGACAAAAUUAGAUAAAACAACUCUGCAUAUUGCAUGUGAACUUGGGCAUUUUGAGGUAGCCAAACAUUUAGCAAAAGAAUACAAGGAUCUUCUGUGGUGCACGGAUAACCUCGGGUGGAAUGCUUUACACUUUGCUGUCAAGGGUGGAAAUAAGCAAAUUUUUGAAUUAUUAUUAAAGAAGGGUUUAAAAAUAGAUUCUCUGACAAAGGACAAAAAGACACUCCUACACAUUGCGAGUAUCUAUAAACAAAUAGAGAUAUGCAAGUAUGUAGCCAAAACUUUCUCAGAACAUCACAAAGAACUUAUGAAUCAGAAGACGACAAACCAAGGCUGGUCAGCUGCUCACUAUGUUGGUGUUGAGAAAAGGGAUUUACGGAAACAAAAGGAAGUCAUUGAUAUUUUACGUCAAUAUGGAAUGAAUCUAAAAGAGAGAACCAGUCAAGGAGUUUCUGUUCUUGAUGUUGCGAUUGUUUACCUUGACAAAGAACUAAUAAAACUCAUCUUAUCUCGAGAAUACAGAGAAAUUCUGGAUAUGAAUAAAGAAGUCAUUCUAAAAGGCAAGACACAUACUGAUGAUAAACUGAUUUUAAAGAUUCUGGAUGAUGCUGCAGAGAAAAUUGAAGCCGAAUGUCGAUAAAAUCUUUUUUUUUCCAGGCCUGUGAAUACUCUGUAUACAUUUUCUAGAUCUGAACAUUACCUGAUGUCAAAAUUUUUCAGCGACAAUUAUCUUUUUGAACUGGACAAUAGUUUAGAAUGAAAAAAAAAUUCGACGAAUCUUUUUCAGGGAUUGCCUUAUUUCGUACAGACAAUUAAAAAUGAGAAUUUCUAUCUAAAAAUUAGGAAUGCAUAAAUGAAUUGCAUCUAAUGUAUCUACAAUUUUGCCAUUUAUAAGGUGCGUUGCACUCAUUGCAUUCAUUCAUCUAAGCCUAUUCUUAAUAAACAUCAUGGGCAGAGAACCUAACAAAUUUUAUUCCAUUUAAAAUAGUGCAAUACUUUGCUGAGAUAAAUACUUGGCUUAGCCAGUGAUCUUCAGCUGUUUAUUGUUUCAUGUCUUCAUCGUCGUUCUUUAUUUUUUACUUAUAUGAUGUUUUUAAUAACUACAUUUGUAGUGCUGUUUUAAGAUUUAUUAUUCUUAAUUAUAUUGUUAAUGAAAUACU